CCAUGAUCCAAAGUCCAAAACCCAACCUGGCCCAACCCCCAAAGAGCCGCCCUCCUCCUCUCCCUCUCUCUCUCCUCAAAAAGUCACUUCUAACAGAAGAAGUAAGAGAGAGAAAAACAAUCGUUCCCAUUUUUCAUCCAACUUUUGUCGAUUGAUUCAAUUUAAACACACAAAAAAGGGGUGACCUAAAGAUCCAGAACACAAUCUCAUCAUCUUCAUCUUCUUCAAAUUCGAAUUUGAAUCAUGUGGCGAAGACUUGUUUUCUCUCACCUCAAAACCAUUUCUUCUUCAUCCUCCAUUGCUAAACCUUCCUUUUCUCUCGCUCCUCGUCUUUCUACUUCCUCAUUUCGCUCAUCUUCUUCCUUCUUCUCUCGCUCUUUCUCCGCCGAUGCCGAUGUGUUCAAGUCGAAGCCGAGGGCUGAAGAUGUGAUGCCCAUUGCUACUGGUCAUGAGCGUGAAGAGCUUGAAGCUGAGCUUCAGGGGAAGGAUAUUCUGGAGAUUAACUAUCCUGUAGGUCCUUUUGGUACCAAGGAAAAUCCUGCUAUUGUUCAGUCCUACUAUGACAGAAGAAUCGUCGGAUGUCCAGGAGGCGAAGGAGAGGAUGAACAUGAUGUUGUCUGGUUUUGGCUGGAGAAAGAGAAGUCAUUUGAGUGUCCAGUGUGCACACAGUACUUCAAGUUGGAAGUCGUUGGCCCUGGCGGUGACCCUGAAGGACAUGAUGAAGAUGAUCACCACCACUGAUUGUAGUUUAUGAUUGUAGUGACGAAAUAAGAUCUGGUGAGACAAUGAGACAAGGUCUAUGAAAAUUCUGCUGCUGCUGCUUUCAAAUUGAAAGGCGUAAAAGCUUGUUUUGUUUUUUCUUUUUUAAUGGAUCCUUAGAUGGAUGCCUGUUUGGUAACAAUCUAGUCCAAUCUUGCUCUAUUUUUGAGAGAAAUACGACAAAGAGUUGUUUCUUUACCAUUGAGCUGGUAAUUGGAAGUAUAAAUUCCAUUCACAUUUCUUCA